AUGUUAAAAUACAAACCUUUACUGAAAAUUUCGAGGAACUGUGGGGCAGCUAUCCUCAGAUCGUCUAAGAUCAGGUUGAACACAAUCCGCGCCUAUGGUUCUGUCGUGUCAGAAUCCAAGUCGUUCGAACAAGGCUCAAGAAAACGCACACAAUCGUGGACAGCGUUAAGCGUAGGUACAAUUCUAGCCGCUGCUAGUUCAAUGGCGUAUCUAAAUUGGUGUAACGGCCAAAUAGACAAUGAACCGAAAUUGGAUAUGAAUAAACAGAAAAUCUCGCCCGCAGAAGUUGCAAAACAUAACAAGCCCGAUGAUUGUUGGGUUGUGAUCAACGGCUACGUAUAUGAUUUAACGCGAUUCCUGCCAAAUCAUCCAGGUGGGCAGGAUGUUAUCAAAUUCAAUGCCGGGAAAGACGUCACUGCUAUUUUUGAGCCAUUACAUGCUCCUAAUGUCAUCGAUAAGUAUAUAGCUCCUGAAAAGAAAUUAGGUCCUCUACAAGGAUCUAUGCCUCCAGAACUAGUCUGCCCUCCUUAUGCUCCUGGUGAAACUAAGGAAGAUAUUGCCAGAAAAGAACAAUUAAAAUCGCUGCUACCUCCUCUAGAUAAUAUUAUCAAUCUUUACGACUUUGAAUACUUGGCAUCUCAAAUUUUGACUAAACAAGCGUGGGCCUACUAUUCCUCCGGUGCCAACGAUGAAGUUACCCAUAGAGAAAACCAUAAUGCGUAUCAUAGGAUCUUUUUCAAACCAAAGAUCCUUGUAGAUGUACGUAAAGUGGAUAUUUCGACUGACAUGUUGGGCUCUCAUGUGGAUGUUCCCUUCUACGUAUCUGCUACAGCUUUGUGUAAACUGGGAAACCCCUUAGAAGGUGAAAAAGAUGUCGCCAGAGGUUGUGGCCAAGGUGUAACGAAAGUUCCGCAAAUGAUAUCAACUUUGGCUUCAUGUUCCCCCGAGGAAAUUAUUGGAGCAGCACCCUCUGAUAAACAGAUUCAAUGGUACCAACUAUAUGUCAACUCUGAUAGAAAGAUCACUGAUGAUUUGGUUAAAAACGUAGAAAAACUGGGCGUAAAGGCAUUAUUUGUCACUGUGGAUGCACCAAGUUUAGGUCAAAGAGAAAAAGAUAUGAAACUGAAAUUUUCCAAUUCAAAGGCUGGUCCAAAGGCGAUGAAGAAAACUGAUGUAGAAGAAUCUCAAGGUGCUUCGAGGGCGUUAUCAAAGUUUAUUGACCCCUCUUUGACUUGGAAGGAUAUAGAAGAAUUAAAGUCAAAGACGAAGCUACCUAUUGUCAUCAAAGGUGUUCAACGUACUGAAGAUGUCAUCAAAGCGGCAGAAAUCGGUGUAAGUGGCGUAGUUCUAUCCAAUCAUGGGGGUAGACAGUUAGAUUUUUCAAGGGCUCCUAUUGAAGUCCUGGCUGAAACCAUGCCAAUCCUGGAAAAACGUAACUUGAAGGAUAAGUUGGAAGUUUUCGUGGAUGGUGGUGUUCGUCGUGGUACAGAUGUCUUGAAGGCGUUAUGUCUAGGUGCUAAAGGUGUUGGUUUGGGUAGACCAUUCUUGUAUGCGAACUCAUGCUAUGGUCGCAAUGGUGUUGAAAAAGCCAUUGAAAUUUUAAGAGAUGAAAUCGAAAUGUCUAUGAGACUGUUAGGUGUUACUAGUAUUGCGGAGUUGAAGCCUGAUCUAUUGGAUUUAUCAACAUUAAAGGCAAGGACAGUGGGAGUACCAAAUGACAUCCUGUAUAAUGAAGUCUAUGAAGGUCCCACUUUAACCGAAUUUCAGGACGCAUGA